AUGUAUUUGAAUUUACCACAUUUGAGUUAAAUUGCUAAACAAAAGACAGUCAAACCAGUCAAAGAAAUUUUUACGUUUAAAGGAAAUGAUAGAUAUAGUGAUUUAUAUUUGAUGCUUUUAAGAUGCGAGCGAUAUAUAAGCUAUAAACAAAAUAAAUCAGUAAUUCUUAAUUUUAUUAUUAUUCACUCAUUAACUCAAUCAAUUGAUCUCUUAUUCAGUCAAUUAUAAUAACUAUUAUUGAUUUCUAUUGAAGAUAUAUUUUUUAGAUAAUACAAAGGAGUUAAAUAUUAAUAAAAAAUAUUUGUAAUAAUAUUAAUUGAAUAAAUUAAUAAUACAGAAUAAGCAGGAUAUUAAUAAAUGAAAAGGUUAGAGAUAGCUAAUUAACUGAAAUUAAGGGUAGCUAGCUUACUACUAUAUAUUAGUGUAUAUCUAGUAGGCUAGAUUCAAUCAUAAACAAUCAUUCAAGUCAGUCCUCCUAUUUAAAAGUUUUAUGAUGCCAGUGGCGAUUCUAAUUAUGAUACUUUUAAUACUUAAAGUUUUAUCAACUAAGUUAUGGGAGCAAGUAAAUACUCAAUAUCAUUUUGGCUUAAACCAACAACAUCAAGCUAUGAUAGUUCCAACUAAGCUAUUGUGCAUCUCACAAUGUUAAACACAUUUUAACCUUGGUAUACUGAUAAUUAGUCUAGUGAUUAUAAAUAAUUAUCAAGAAUGCUUUUUAUAGAAAAGUCAGGUGCAAAUUUAAAUUUUUAUGUAUCUGAUUUCACAUCUACUACCUCAGCAUCUACAAAAAUACUGUCUACAAAUAUUACACCUGGAACGUGGUAUUAUGCUUACCUUGGAGUUGAUUUUACUUAAUCAUUUUAUGUAGCUUAUAUGUAUGAUCCUACUGUUACUCUUAAUACCUAAGUUUAUAGUACCACUUCUAAUACAGUAUAUUCUAAUGAAUAACUUGAUUAAAGAGCAUAAUUAUACAUUGGCGGUACAGUUAAUAGACUUCAUACUUCACCUAACACAUGCUUUAAUGGUCUUAUUUACAAUGCAAAAUUUAUUGUUAAUUUUUAAGUUCCUUCAUCAAGCGCUCCUUAUGUUUUAAAUGAUGAUUCUUCAAAAUUGUAUUACUUUAACUUGAAUGAAUAAUGCUCACAAAGAAUUUAUAGUUUAUUUAACUAAGAUAUAUACAGUACUAUUAGUACCAUAACUUCUUCUUGCCCACCUCCAUCAGAUCCAACAAAUCCAUAUACUGUAACAAAUGGAGUUUAAAUUUAAAAUAAUUAAUAUAUAACUAUGACUCUAAAUACUGAAUUUCAGGAUAUGAAUUUUAUCACUUUUUGGAUAUAAAUUACUUCUUUACCACCUGCUGGUUAAUAAGGAACUCUAUUUCAAAUCACGAAUACAAAUAGUGAAAUAAUGAUUUAAGUUGUGAUACAACCCAAUGGGUAACUUACAGUACUUACUAAUGGAGGUUCUUAAAAUUUUGCUACAGUUUAAUUUACAGCAUCAAAUUGGAUAAAAUUUUACUGUAAUUUUGCAUUCCACUAAAUUUUAAGCAAACUUUUUGUCUCUAUCAUGCUAAAUGAUUAAGAGUUGGUAAAAAACAAUCAAAUUGAUGUUUUUCCUAUUUUGAGGACAACUACUUAGACUAUUUAAAUUGGUGGUUAAUCAUUAUAAGCUUAAUUCAUGGAUAUUUAUGGUGGUUAAGGAUCAUUUUUGGGAACAAAAGAACUUUUUAUUAGCAAAUGUAUAGCAUCUGUUGGAAUAGUUAAUCCAUAAUGUAUUUAUUGCCAAGCUGGGUAUUUCUUGUUUAAUGGAAGUUGCUAACUAACUUGUCCGGAUGGAUUUUAUCGUGAUACAAAUGCAAGAAUCUGCAGGCUGUGCGAUCCUACUUGCUUAACUUGUUCUGGUCCUUAAUAAAAUUAAUGUCUUACAUGUGGCUAAAAUUUCCCUAUUUCUUUCUAAGGGUUUUGUUUGAACUAAUGUCCUCUUGGAACAUCAUUAUCAAUUGAUGGAAGUAAUUAGUGUCUCUGUCAUCCAAGCUGUGACGUAUGCGUUCUUAAUCCUGUUGAUAGAGUUACUGUUACUUGUUAAUAAUGCUAAGAUAUUGGAUAGUAUAUAACUGGGUAUCAAUGUGUAAUUCCUUAGCUUUGUCCUUAUGGAACUUAUGCCUCUCCAGGUGCCACUCCUGCUAAUAACAAAUGUGCAACUAGUUGUCCGACUAGUCCUAGUAUUUAUGUAAUAACAGAUACAGUAAAUAGAAAAUGCUCAGCUUUUUGUGAUGUUGGAACUAUUUUAAGCAAAGAUGGAACACAAUGCCUCCUUAAUUGUCCUAGUAAUCAAUAUAAGAACACUAUCGUUGGUCCUCCUACUUAAACUUCAUUUUAAUGUGCUGAUUGUAGCUCAACAUGUGCAACUUGUGUGAAUCAAUCAACAUUUUGUCUUUCAUGUCCUCCUGGAAAACUCAUACAUGAAUAUAAUGGUAUAUGUGUAGCUGCUGGAAGUAACUGCAUGAAUGGUUUUUACUAAGAUGGAAUAGUCUGUAGAGUCUGUUAAAAAGGUUGUACAAGCUGUCCUACAAACUUUUAUCUGAAGGGUGAUACAUGUGUCUUAACAUGCCCUAUAGAUUUCUCAUAAAACGCAGGGCCACCAGCUGUAUGCACUCCUUUACUGACACCUGUUGUUCUUAUUGCAAACAGAACUUAAGUAGCUGAUCCUGAUCAUGUACCUCUCCUUGUAGGAAGACAGAAAGACAUUUUGAUUCAUGCUGAUUACUACUUUUAAGGACUUAUUUCUGAAAUCUACUGGUAUUUGACUGGAACUAGUUAAUAAUAUUCUGAGUAAUUCUUUUUCAAAACUUUUAACAAUGUGUAGGACUUAGUUAUCCCUUAAAAUAACCUCUUACCAAAUACAAUCUAUUAUCUCACAGUCAGAGUCAUAGCAACUACAGGAAAUUAUGGUGAAUAGUCAAUCAUGAUUUAAACGAGCCCAGAAAUAGUAGAUGGAGAGUUUACAAUUACUCCAAGCAUUGGUAUUUCUGGAAUCACAUAGUUCUCUGUUUUUUAUUCUCUUUGGACCCAUCCUACAGAUUCACUGCUAUACGAUUUAACUUAUUCCAUUUAAACUGGCAUAACAAUGAGAAAUCAAACUUCGCUUUUCAAAAACGAUUUACAUCAAGUCUUUAUUGGCUCAAAAACAGACGGCACCUUUAAUUUUAUAUUCCCUCCUUUCUAAAACGAUAAAGUCAUAAAUAUAGAAUUGAUGGUUUACUCUUAAAACGAAAUGAAAAAAUAAACUUUAACUGUUUCUUUGUCUAAAUUUAACGGAGAUACUCUCUCUAUGGAAAGCAAUGUGCGUAGAUUUACUCCAUCUAGCUCUGUUACCAUUGAUCAGUAUCUGAAUAUAACUUACCAAAUGGCGUAUUUGUAUGGAACUAUAUAAGUUUAAUAAGCUAAUAAAUUAUUCAAACAAGAAAUACUUAGACAGAAUCAGCUUUAUUAGCUAAAAAAUUCUUUUUGUGCAGAUAAUGUCUCAUGCAAUGGAUUUGGAUAAUGCUAAACAAACUUUUAUGAUCCUUAAAUGUUUUAAUGUAGUUGCAUGGAGGAAUAUGCUGGAGACUUUUGUUCUUGGGAAGAUUAAAAAAUUUUGAAAAUAAUAAAUUUACUGACAUAUAAUAUUUAGAUUGAUUUAUUAAAUAGAGUUAUAACAUAACAAUAGCUUUUCUCAAUCACCUAAAUACUUAAAAACAUUAUAGCUGUUUCAGAUGGGCUUAGCAAAAAAACAUUCCGUUUUAUAAUGACAUUUUUAAAUCAAAUUUAAGGAACUGUCUUCCCUCGUUAAGAAAUUUUCUAAAAUAUUUUCCAAAUUAUUUAAGAAAUAUUAAAUUAAGCAGUUACUAGACCAUCCUUACGUCCUGACGAAAGAAUAAAGUACACGGUUUUACUCAGACAGAUAAUGAACUCAUACAUACAGAAAUUCUCUUCACAAAAUAUUCAGCUAAACGUUGAUUACAUAUUCACUUUCGAACAUGCUAAUAUUUAUUUGACAAACUAGCGAGGCCGUGAGUUACAAAAUAAUUAUAUCAAUUAUGGUAAAUUCUAUACCAUUCCAAUGGAAAGAGUGAUUGUUCAAAUUCCAUUCUCUACUUUCUAAUACACUGACACAGUUACAGUAUAGCUUAUAGAAUGGAAUAUAGAUUUAGUAUAUCCUCGUCCUAAUUCGACAACGAAUCACAUAGAAAUUAAUCUGUUAGCUAAUAAUUAGCCACUGUCUAUAGUAGGCUUGUAGAAUAAUAAAAUUAUAUACCAUUUCUAGAAGAAAGCAGGAUUCCCUCCACUAAGACCAGACUUUAAUUCAUAAUACUUUUGCGCGCACUUAGCUAGUAUUGAUUUUGCUACUAGUUAAUGGACAUAUGAUUAAAAUUGUGUAUACACAUUUGAAAAUGAAUUUUAUAUCCGUUGUUAAUGCAAUCAGCUAGAUUUAGCAACAGUUCUUAGAGGCACAAUUGAAUACUAUCAAGAUUACCUACCUCAUUCUGACACUUUAGUUUUCUACUCUUCUAAAUAUAUGAACAAGAAAAUGCAAUAUUACUCAACUAAUUAAAUAAAUUAUGAUACAAAUAUUCCUUUUGCUAUGAGAAAUUACUCUUUGCCAACAUAUCCUACUUCUUAUGUACCAUUCAAGUGGGAUUCUCCAGCAUUUAUCCUCUUCGUAAUAAUGAUUGUUUGCUUCUUAGUUUUGUCAAUCAUCCAUUAACUUUUAAUAAGACUUAAACCUUCUUCAGAAUAUGAUAAUAAAUCUAAAGACAUUCUUUUACUUACUUAUCACCCUUUUGUAUCAAUGGCAAUGUUUGGACAUACUGCUAAAUCUCAUACAUAUUAAAUGAGGUUGGCUAAAUUCUUCUCCUUGUUAGUUGGAAUGCUUGCAAUGAACUGUGUAGCAUUCGAUCAAAUUGCCAUUUCAAUCCCAUUGAUCAAGAUAGAUGCAAGAAUUAUGGGAUCUGCUUUUGCUUCAAUUUUACUCAACGCCAGUAUGAAUUACUGUGUCGAAGGAUUAUACUUUAUCAUUAAAAGACACAUAUACAAGGAAAAAAGAUAAUAAUUUAUUUAUAAUAUUCUCUUUUUGCUAAACAUGAUUGGAAAUGCUGCUUUUGGUACAUGGUGUAACGGUUACACAGACAAAGAAGAUUAUGGAAAUUUCAUGGCUGCUUUUAUAAUUUCCCUUAUUGUUGACUAUUUUAUAUUUGAUAUUUUUGUAUUGAGCUAUGCUUUUUACGAGAUAGAGUCAAAUUAUUUAAAGUUCUUUGCUUUUAGAGGGUUCUAUAUAACUCCUGCUGAAAAUGUAGAGAAAGAUGAAUAUGAUAUUGUAGGAUAUAAAAAGAAAAAAUAUAUUGACGUAAAUGAUUAAGAGCUAGAAAAGCUUAAAUAGUCAAAUAUGAAAGAUGAUGAUCUCCAAAAGCUAGAACCUGCAGAAGCUAUUGAUAGAGUUUAAGGUUUUGAUUAGAUUUCUAGACCUCUUUCUAGCCACAGCAAAAAGAGUCAAACAAGCAACAAAAUAUUCCCUUCAAAAACAAAUGUCCCAUGA